GUCAGCAGCUUCAUUAUUCAAGUCUGACCGAGUCGGUAAUUUGUAUGCUUGAAGCCACUGACGGAAGUAGAAUAUCGCACGUUUUUAGCCCCAGCUGUUCGCACCCAUUCAUUGAAAUACCAUAUCUUCGUUGCAUCAGAAUCUUGAAAGUUUUUAGAGCCAAUAAUAAUGAGACUAGUACGGAAUACGCGUUGUGAUUGGCCCAGCGCAGCACAGCUCAUGAACACUACUAAAGCAUGUUUUCGCAAUAGUUUCGAGUCAACUUCAGGGAAACGCUUCAAAUUAAUUAUUAAAUGACAUGUCAGCAGUUCUUAAGCACAUCAAAUAUUCUCGGGUUUGCAAUUGCUUACUCUAAAAACAAUAGUUGCUGCUAAGAAAGAGUAUGAAAAGCAUUUCUGUCUGGCAUCAUAAGUUGCCAGAUAUUCCCAGACUAACACACCGUUGGAGUCAGGUGCAGCUGAUCUGCCCUCAAGUGAGCGUGAGAUGGAUCGGCUCUUCUCUAAAUUUUAAUUUGUGUCGUCACUGUCGUGAAUAUUGCGGACGAAAAACAAAAAUGUAUAUUCAUCCACUAUAAUAAUAAUUUACCGUGAUAUUGGCUUACUGUGAUUACGGUGUCUGAUGUCUUUGAAACCGUAUUCUUUCCCACCGUUUGACAUUUUGUUCUUCUCUGAGCACGGCUUGGAAGCAUUAUUUACCCAUCAUGGAAAACACAAGCUUGUGGGUUUUCGGUUACGGAUCCCUAUGCUGGCAUCCGGGAUUUGAUUAUAAAAAUUCAAGAGUUGGUCACAUCAAACAUUAUGUGAGACGAUUCUGGCAAGGCAACACCACGCAUCGAGGAGUUCCUGGCAAGCCUGGACGGGUGGCGACGCUAGUCCCGGAAAAAAAUGGCAGGACGUUCGGAGUGGCAUACGAGAUUGAAGGCGAGGCCGCCUUACAGUACCUCAACUCGAGGGAGGUGGAACUGGGCGGCUACACCACGGAGAUCACAUGCUUCCAGGCCCGUGAAGGCUGCACCUUCCCAGUGCUGCUCUACAUCGCCACGCCAGACUCUAAAGACUGGUCGGGGCCAGCGCCCCCGCAAGUCAUUGCUGCCGAGAUACUGUCGUGCAGUGGCGCUACUGGUCACAAUGUUGAGUAUCUGCUGCGACUAGCUGAGUUCAUGCGCGACUACAUCCCUGAAGGUUACGACGAUCAUCUAAUCACUUUAGAGAUGCUCGUGAGAUCGGCCAUCAAGGAAAAGAAGCUCUGCCUCAAGACGCUUAUGGGCAACCCUCCUCCUCCUGGUCAAAGUCAACACCGCAGUGACGAUGACAUUGAUAUGGUGGGGCCUAUGCCUGCUGCUAUCGUCCAGGAACGAAGAGACACUUUCCAGUACUCCGCUAAAGUGCCUGCCAAGAAGCUGCGUUGUCUCAACCUUUAACGUUCAACAUCUGGAUGAUAAUGAAUCUCGCUCGUGUUGCUUCACUCAGGAAUUCUUAAGGUUUCUGGACUUUUGAUGCUCAUGUUCCUUAACGGUUGUUUUGCAUGUGUUGUGGGGUAGAAAGAUACUGAUUUUGUGCUGACAACUAUGCAGGCGUCUCUCAUAUUGAGAAGAACGGAGUUAGCUUGAUGUUAUGACUAACGAGCUUGUCAACCGUCCAACGUUGCCGACUUCAUUUAGCUCAGUGGUUCCCAAACUUUUACUGGCUGGCGCCCCCUUGGCUCCCCAGUGAAUUCCUAGCGCUCCCCACAGACACAAUCCCCUCCUUAGACACACAAAAACCCAGCUUUUGAAUAUUUUAAAAAAUUUACACUAGAAACCCGGGAGAAAUUAAAAAACCUAGAUCUGGGUGAAAAAACCCAUCGCUGGGAGUCAUGUACUGCACAUGUUGUAUACUAAUCGUCAAACAAACGUUCGAACUUCUGACUUCGACUUCGGACUGCGCCCCCCUACUGCCCCUUCUUCCUCACCGCCCCCUGAUCUUUUCAACGGCCCCCAAGGGGGCGGUACCGCCCCCUUUCGGAACCACUGAUUUAGCCGGUCAAUACGAAUGAUCGUUACGAUCUACAGCUGCUCAAAUCUAGACGAGUUAAUUUCCAUGCCAGCAUCUGUUUCAAGCAUUGAUUGAUUGUUGUCUUGUGUCGCAGUAGGUAUUUUCUAAGACUGCAGCUGUUUGACAGCAUCUCUAGGUACAUUAAUCUUAUUUCAUACAUUUGCUAUUGCAGAAAUUCUCCUGGCUUCCCUGGAUUUAAAGUUUAUUAUAACUUAUUCUUAAUAUUCUCGAGUUCGAUAUUUUAUUAUUAGUUUAUCCCUGAUAUGCAAAUUUCGUAUCAUUUUGACUGCACAAGGUGGUUCCUCGAUUAAUGCAGAUUCACGUUUAUUUUUUGUUUGUGUUUGGGUCGCUGAUCGAUUCUUGACUUAUCGCUGCUGAUGUAGGUACUCGGAAAGGUGUAAGGAAUUUCUAAGUUUUCUCUUUAUUUAUUGUCUUGGCGAAUGUUGUUUUUUGGCAGCUUUUUCUUAUGUGCGAUAAGCUGGCCUACGUUUGGCAAUGAACGAGAAAUGUUCAACAAGCGUUAAUUUUUAUAGGCGUGCACUAUAUCGAGCCAGUAUUUUUCUAUUUUUAUAGUAUGACUACUAACAGAUUUUUAUUUCUGAUGCGGUUCUCGUUCCUUACUGAUGACUUGUGAAAGCAGUGCUGUGAUAUUGCCGGCGUUCUCUCCACUGAACAUCCACAGUAUUAAUGUGUUCCGCUAUUGCCUACACUGCAAUGUUCAGUCUUUUUACGGGGUGGCUGUUCAACGGUAACUGCAAUAACUUGAGUAGAAUGACAAUUUAUUUUCGAGCAUCUUUUAUAUACUACGUUAAUUGUGGAAAAACUGGCUCGUCGUUAACUGGAGUGACCUGACAUCGCCGAAGUCACCGUUUAAUUUUUAGCAAGGAGACUAAAAUACUUCACCUAAAUAUUAAAAUAAAACUCGAGAAAAAUUAUUUUCCAAUUUGGUUACUUAAAAAUUUAUCAUGCGAUGAAAGAAAAUUGGACUUUGGACGUUCUUUAAUUCGUUGUUUGCGUUUUAGUUUGUAAAAAUACUCUAUUAAACUCUAUACAUAUGUUAGCAGAAAUUAGGAAGUACGGUGUUGAUAGAUUUACUUUGUGCCUUUUUAACGUACGGCUACUGAGAUGAUGAAGCUCACGCGAGUCUCUGACACUAGGUGGUGGCUGGGCCAAGAGACGAGCUCAUUGUAUUGUCAUCUUGUCUUUAUUGAAUCUUAUUACCAAGGCAUCAAGUGAACAUAGUUCAUCUAAUGAUAUCUCUUAAUCAUUUAGGGUUUGCGAAAGAUAUGCUAAGGUGUUGUGUUCCAUGCUCAUUAAUGUGUGGUGCGUGCCUAAGCUUUUUUACUGUUGGUAACUUGCCUUCUGAUAUGCAUCUCUUAAUUUCACCUUGAAAUUAAUGACUGUAUUUAAGUAGAAGUACGUGUUACAGACUUAAGAACAUGCAGUAACGGAGAUUAGCUCCUGGUAUAAUAUCUGGACCAUUUAAUGCUUUGAAUUCGUUUGUUUAAAUUUUAGUUUGUACUUACGGUCAUGAUAGCUGUUAUUUUUACUCCACGGUUAACCGUUUUAACACGUUGACUACGAUUGCUUCAUCUAGUACUAUUAUUUCAU